UAACUCCAGAAAAAUUUUAUCUCGCAAAAAUCGCAAAUAUCUUAUUAAUUAUUAUUUUCAACUUCCAAAUUUCACUUUAUUGUUGUCUAGAUAAUCCCGAUGUUGAAAUCAGUAGGAGAUUUCAUCGGUUAUUGGUACUUUAGAUACCUUCUUGUUACUGAACUGUAUAUGGUGGAGAAAUGGGAGAGAGCCAUGUUUCAUAUUCUACUGUUCCUAUUCUUAACAAUACUGUAUACUUUCAACAACUUUGUAGUACUUGGAUCUGUUGAAAAGUUUAUGGAUUCUACAAUUUUCACAGCAGUAACUAUGAACAGUGCAAUGCCCCAUCAAACUUAGGUGUUACUGAAUUAUUUUUCA